UGCCAUCCGCGGCUGAUGCUUGGUCCUUCAACCUUCGCAAUCACAAUUUGGACUUCUCUGACUCUGACUCUGACUCCGACUCUGGAGAUGCUUCUUCGAAUAUUGCUCCUGCUUUUGACGAGACCAAACUGCUCAAUGACUUUGACCUCUCCACUAGAGAAGAGACCGUUAUUUACAAGCCAAAUCCAUUCAACAUCGCCAGAAUCAACGCUGCAUCUCGUGCUCAAAAGUUUAUUUCUUCUGCUCCCAAACCGGAUCUGCUGCUGAC